AUGAACUGCGAGGUGAAGCAUGCGCUACACUGCGCCGUGUUAGUGGCGUGGAUCGUAUGUUUUGCCUACUUCUGCGGCGUAUUCACCGAGCCAGCAGAAGGAACUGUACCCGCAAGUCCUGUUGCCAGCUAUGGACUCGUCUGGACCAUCUGUUUGUAUUUGCUUCGAUUCACUGCUCUUCUCGUUUUACCACAAUGCCUCUGCAAUCUUUGCGGGUUAAUGAUGUUCAACGCAUUCAGAGAGAAAGUGCAAUUGAAAGCAGCACCACUUCUGUCACCAUUCGUUUGUUUCCGGGUCGUCACGAAAGGAAACUUUCCGCUUCUCGUCAAAGAGAACAUUGAUACAAACAUGAAGAAGUGCUUCGAAGCCGGUAUGGAGAACUUUAUAUUCGAAGUUGUCACCGAUAAAGCCAUCAACUUGCCACCAAAUCCAAGAGUUAGAGAAGUCGUCGUUCCGACUGCUUACAGAACAAAAAGUGGAGCCAAGUUCAAAGCUCGUGCUCUUCAAUACUGUCUGGAAGAUGAUGUGAACAUUCUUCAACCAACCGAUUGGAUUGUUCAUCUUGACGAAGAAACACUACUCACUACAAAUGCCAUCUGUGGAAUUUUGAACUUCUGUGAAGACGGAACUCAUCAAUUCGGACAAGGAGUCAUAACCUAUGCAAACGGUGACAUUGUGAAUUGGCUGACAACUCUUAGUGAUUCAUUCAGAGUGGCCGAUGAUAUGGGAAAACUCCGGUUCCAGUUCAAAUUAUUCCACAAACCACUUUUUGGAUGGAAGGGAUCAUAUGUGGUGACUCAAGUUGAAGCGGAACGGGAUGUAUCAUAUGAUCAUGGAAUGGAAGGAUCCAUCGCUGAAGAUUGCUUUUUUUCGAUGAUUGCAAUGAAACACGGAUACUCUUUUGAUUUCAUUGAAGGAGAAAUGCACGAAAAGAGUCCAUUCACGAUGUGGGACUUUUUACAACAGCGGAAGCGUUGGUUGCAAGGGAUUCUACUCACUGUUCACUCUUCGAAAAUUGCCAUUUGCCAUAAAGCACUACUGGCUCUUUCAUUAUACGCAUGGGCAACAAUGCCACUAACAUCUCUUCAAAUAUUCCUUUGUCCACUUUUCCCAUUGCCAAGGUUUCUCCUAUUCGAUUUCUUGCUCUCGUUUGUUGGAGCCGUAAACCUCUACAUGUACAUUUUUGGAGUUGUCAAAUCGUUCUCACACAAAUAUCGUAACAGCUUCCUCCGUCUUGGAAUGUAUUUAGCAGGAGCUCUUAUGACGAUUCCAUUCAAUAUUCUCAUUGAGAACGCUGCUGUUCUUGUUGGAAUGUUUGGACGAAAAGACCAAUUCUACGUUGUCAACAAGGAUAUUCAAACUGUAUAA